AUGGCCGAUGCAUCGUCAGAGUGGAAGCAUUCUGACUUUUUCGCGCUUUCCGAAGCUGACGAGAUUGUGCUGAAGAAGCAGAUCGCGCAAUGCUUAGGAGUCCGGUAUGCCAAUGUGAAGCAGGACAAGCCUCUGUCUGAGAGCACGUACGGUGUAACUCCGUUUUCCAAAGAUGCUGUGGAAUCUGCACUUGGCAACUUGGACACCGCCCAGAAGGCAUUGUCUACCAAUCCACAGGAUCCAGCGCUACUUGCGGCUGAGAAAGCUGCCAGCGUCAUGGUGUGCACAAUCAGUGGGCUGCUUGUGCGGUGGAAGCCCUUGAAGCCAGCCAAUGUCGGGUACAUCUUGGAGUGGGGUGAGCGGAAGCUAGAGGCCUGGGAUCCUGCCAUUGAGCGCCGAGCAGGAGGGUUGGACAACAAAGUGCCAUGGGAGGCGCAGCAUCUUACUUUGAGCAACUCCUCCUCGCUUCUGGCGCUCAUUGUUGAGAUCGUUUACUUCUACAAGCAUGGCAUGCUGAAGCCCUUGUUCCGUGGAGAACCUCUGGAACCAGAGAUUGCUUCCCUUGUCUCUGCGUUCAAGGGAAUUCGUGUGAGCCUUCACCUGCGUGCCAUUGCAGAUGAAGUGGAGCUCAUGAAUGCAUCCGAGAAUGUAGAUCAGUUCGAACGCAAACGUCACACCGAGCUUGACAAUUUGCAGACGGUGGCAGUGUGGCAGAGGAAUGUCAUUGUCCAUGGCCUCAGUGGGACACCCUUGGACUGCUUCAAGUACGCAGUCGCCCUGGCCGACUGCAGGGCUGACAAACCUCCUCCAUGGCUGGUGUCGGAGUUGAAAGGACGUGUGAACUCUUUCGAGACCAGGCUCAGCAUCGUGAAGGAGAAAAACAAGCAGUGGUUCACUACAAACAAGGUUGCCCCGCAGCAUUGCCAGAUGAACUCCUACUCGAACCUUGCACUUCGACUGAGAUUUAUCAAAGGGUUCCAUGCCCUUGAUAAAUUGGCAGAACUCGCCUCCAAGAUGGGAAUGCUUCGGCUGGUGAGCAAGCCGUUCCCGGUUCCCAAGUCAGUUCUUCUUGGUUCAGGAAUUUUGUCCUCGGAGGCGUUUUCCACAUCUGCCGAGCGGGACAGCGUGCCAUCCUGGCGCAACACAUCAUCCUUCUCGGGGAAGUGCCUUGUCUUUGAUUGGCUGGUGGAUGUCCUUGACACGCGCUACUUUGCCUACAUUGUUCCGUCUGGAAAUACCGAGAAGUCAGCCUUCCUUUCUGACAAGGCGUGGGCCGCCUUUGCGCGUCUCAUCACACAUUUCGAGGUGUGUCUCGAGUCCGAGUUCGGACCUCCUGCAGGAUGGGAUCAGAGCGUUACCGCGGUCUUGCGGCAGAUGUGGUUGGGGGAGCUUGAUACGGAGUUUGUCAAGGCUUCCGACAGCCUGCCCGAGAGUUACGACAACAACAAGUUGAUGAGUGCUCGGUGCAAAGAGUUCCCGCCGAUUGCGCGCCUGCUGAACACCAAAAGUCUGAGCGCAGCCAACUUCGUGGUCCUGCAACCGUCCGCCCUGCCUGAGAAGAAGGUGGAAGUGGAGAAGGCCGCAGCAGACAAGGCCGCGGAGGAGGAAGUCAAGACAGACUCCAACAUGUCCCCGGCAGAGAAAAAGCAGCUUGCGGAGCGCUUGAGCGCGGAAGCUCUCGCUACUCGCCAAGCUGAAAUCCAAACACUACUUCAGAGGAACGCUGCAGAAUGUUAUCGAACACGCGUUCACAUUUUCCCGAACAUUGACAGCUGCAAGUCCUUCAUGGAGUCGUGCGCUGGACAGUUCUCCGCUGGACUCACUGCCAGGACAGUGUUGGUUGACUUCACCAUGCUGUCGUCGUUGCAAGCUGGAAAGACCCGACACGCCUCCAAGGCGCCCUCCAAGGAUGUGCAGAAAACCUUGGCAGAGGAUUUGAAGAAGCUGCCUAGCUCCCCCAUUGUGGGCCAUGUGCUUGCACGAAGUGGUGGCCAUAGCAUUGCCACCUUCCAGGAGCAGAUUGAGGCAACCCAUGGCUUCAAGCGUUCCAUCAUGGUGCCGCUUGAGGUCCCGGAGGAGUUCAUGCGCUACCUGCGCUCAGCACAGGCUCGCAGCCGUGGACCCACAGACGAUGUGUCCUCCGGCGUUGACUUUGCCAUGUUCACUGUGGGGCGGCAGAUCCUUGGGCCUAAGGAUAAGGGAGAUGGUGCAGCAAGCGACGGUGACGCUGAUAUGGAUGCUGGUGACGAUGAUGAUGUGGUUUCCGAACAAGCACGCUUUCUGCGCAAGGAGGAAUAUGUUCUUGUCCAGAUGAAUGAGAGGACGCUUCCAAAGCGUUACCGUAAGACGCAAGUGGAUCCAUCUGUGCUGCUGUCCGCCUUCAAUUCCUGCCUGUCAACAACUCCAGCUGCGCUUGAGCCGAGUGAGUGUCUGGUUGUGAUGACGGGUGGAACACCCGAACCAGUCGUGGCUGGGCGAGCCAGCGUGGUGAAUUACAGUCACUAUUCCUCUCCGGACCCAGAAGAUCCCCUCCUUGGUGUCCUUGCUGCGCACGCAGUGGCCAGGAUCGCCACAGCUAUGCAGGAUUUCUUGAUGAAGCGUGUUCAGGCCACUGGCUUGAUAAGAAUUGAGCCUCCCAGCAACACCCAGUUGCCGGCGCUGAAGCAGUACGAAUAUUGGCAGAUCACUGGCAAGAUCCAGGUCCGCACCCUUGACCCCGAAGCGGACACCGCCAAAGCCACCGCCAAGGCGGCCGCUAAGGCCGACAAGAAUGAGGGCAAGGCUGAGAAGCCAGAUGUAAAUGCGCCAAGUGGGGCCGUGCUUGUGGGCAACAAAGCGCCAAGGAAGCGAAAGAUCACGGCAAAGGCCAAACCGAUCGCCGUGCCAGAUGUGAACAACGAUACGUCCGGUGUGGAGGCAGCCUCAGAUCAGGAAGAGGACGCCACAGACGGCGAGGAGGAUGCAGGUGAGGAUGACUUGGACUCAGCAGCUUGGAUGCCUUAG